GACUUAAGGUCAAAAUAAUCAUGUCAAACAAGUGAAAUAAAAGUAAUGAACACAUGCUACUCAGGAAGUAUGGGAGCUUCCUUCAAUCCAGUCAUAAAAGAGAAAACCAGUGGUGGGUUCCACUUCCACCUUGGAUUUAGAAUUUCCCACUUUUUCCUCAUAAGCUCAAAGAAUUUUCUUUGUGUGGAUUGAAGCCAGCAGAUAUUUAUCUGAUUUGGACACUGCAACCCCCAUUUUAUUCUGGACUUCACAGUUCACAGGUUUAUUAUCCUCAACAAAAUUAAGGUAUUUCUUCAAUUUACUACACCAAUAUACUGUUAGCCAUGGAAUCUUCACCAAAUCUAGCACUUUCUCAGCUUCCUUCUGUAUACUCUGCAAUACCCAGCAGCAAGUACAGAAAUUAUCCUUUUUGGCCUGGCAAUAAGCGAAGGAGCUCUCCAUCCACACGCAUACAAUGCAAUAAGAUGUUUGUACCUGGAUUUGGAGAAGCAUCACCAGAAGCAAAGGCAGCAAAUAACCUCCACAAUUUCUUCACCUACACUGCAGUUAAGAUUGUUGCUGCUCAACUUGAGAGCUAUAAUCCUGAAGCAUAUGAAGAGCUAAUGGACUUCGUGGGUAGACACCCAUUGGAUGAUGGUGACAAGUUCUGCGCCACUAUGUUCAGAGAAUCAUCAAGACAUAAGAACUUAGCCCUACGCAUAAUGGAGGUUCGAUCAGCAUACUGCAAAAAUGAUUUUGAAUGGGACAACUUGAAGCGCCUCGCUUUUAAGAAGGUCACUGAAUCUAACACGAGACUUAUGAGGGAUUACAUCUCAGAAACCAGUCCUACUGAAACAGAGAAGUGAAUAGUCCUGUGGCGAUGAACCCCCCUUCAUUACCUACGAUACUGGAAGGAGCUCAUUCUGCAUGGUCCUCGAUGAGUUUUAUGCCUCAGUGGGUUAAGAUAAGAAAGAUCAAGUUAGAUCUUAAAUGGUUGGACUAAUCUGCAAUGCAAAUGAUAAUCAACAGAGUGUAUUGCUAAACCCUCCACGUUUAUGGGAUGGUUGGAGAACUUGAACUAUAUGUAACAAGCAUAAUUUUAUCGUACAGCUUCUUUCUUUC